AUGGCGAACGACCAGCUUGAAGUAGCGGAAGUUAAGGCAGAAACAGCGGAUGAUGACGGACACGUAGGAGAACUUAUCGCUAGUUUCCAGAGUUUUUUCGCCUCCUCAACCUUCUCAGAUCUGACAAUAGUCACAAAAGAUCAAGAAUUCAAGGUGCAUAAACUGAUAGUCUGCUCUCAGUCUGGAUUUUUCGCUCGGCUCUUUAAACAGAACUGGAAAGAAGCAGAGGAGAACGUUGUACGGCUAAAUGAAGAUGAUCCCAGAGCUGUAGAAGCAAUGGUUCAUUUUAUGUAUGGAUUCAAUUACAAUAACAGCGGUAGCGAGCACGGCCGUGUUUCACCAAUGCUUCUCAACGUCAAAGUCUACCAGGUUGCGGACAAAUACGAUAUCCCGAAACUCAAAGCGCAAGCGAAAGAGAACUUUACAGUUGCCAUAAACAAAUGCUGGGAAAUGGACGACUUUCCAACUGCUAUUGAGGACGCAUACUCGACUACAACCUCGGCGGAUAGAGGCCUUCGAGAUCCUCUUGUCAGCUUAUCGUUAGAGCAUAUCGAUAUACUGCUGGAUAACGAGGAUUUCAAACAAGCCCUACGCAACACUCUUGGCUUCGCCGCUGACCUUGUUCAAAGAAACGCAAAAGGAAAGCUAUAUCUGUGUCCUUGUUGUACUAACGAGUUCUAUGUCGGUGCAUCGUCAAGUUUCAGAUAUUGCCCCUUGUGCUCUCUUGAGUCGACUGACUGGGAAAAACAUGCGAAAUAG